AUGCUCUCACGUGUUGCUGCAGUGAAGGCACCCUGCACACACAACCGUCGCCGCGUGACCGGAUCCAGCGGGAGGAGGAGGGAAGGAAGAGAGAGUGAGCCGCAGAGGCCCAACAUGUCCCGGCGUGUGUUUACUUCCGCGGUGCUGCUCCUCGUUGUGAUGAUGUGCUGCGGCACUGGUGGGGCUGCAUCCAGUGAGGUGACGGCGCCAGGUUCGGGAAAUGCAAAGGAAACAUAUUUUGAUUGGAGAGAUGCGAAAGAUGGGGAAACAGUGAGUUCGCUCCGUGUCCCCAGUCUUGUUGAGAUGAACGGUGAUGUGUUUGCCGUUGCCGAGGCGCAUUGCACGGGAAAAAAAACUACUGGUGAAGGCAGUUUUACUGGUAUUGCCUCGGAACUCAUGGAGUGGAAUGGCGAACAAAAAAAAGAGGAGUUGGAUAAAAAUAAACUGAAGACACAAGUACUGGAGAAAUGUCCUUUUGAAGGUGGCAAUUGCCCCUCCCAAAACGCUGCUGAGGAUGGUGGUUCCCAAAGCGAAACGAAAGUACAUGUGAGCCGGCCAACAACGGUUGUGAAGGGAAGUGAUAUUUACAUGCUUGCUGGGAGUUACAAUUGGACACUUAAAGCUGGCGAUCAGGAUAGUGGUGCAGCUGGCUGGGGACUCAUGCUGGUGAAAGGGAACGUCAGUACUGUUGACGGUAAAAAAAGAAUUUAUUGGAAUGACACUUACGGUCUCCCGAGCGCCUUUUUUGAAAAACAACACAAAUCCUUAACGCAGCUGACUAACGGCGGUGGAUCGGGUAUUAAGAUGAAUGACGGCACGUUUGUGUUCCCUGUGGAGGCCACGAAGGCAAAUAAUAAGGAGGAUGAAGUAAAGACAAAGACCGUUUCGCUAAUCAUUCACUCCUUGAAGGAUAUUGCGAGUUGGGCACUGUCGAAGGGGAUGUCUGCCGAUGGCUGCAGUGAUCCCUCCGUCGUGAAGUGGGAGAAGGACAAACUCAUGAUGAUGACUGCGUGUGAUGAUGGCCGCCGCAGGGUGUACGAGUCCGGUGACAAGGGGGAUUCGUGGACGGAGGCACUCGGGACACUCUCGCGCGUGUGGAGCGACAAAAAGGGUGAAACGGUUGAAAUCGUUGGGAGCGGUUUCACCACAGCGAAGAUUGAUAACAGGGACGUGAUGCUUGUUACUCUGCCGGUGUAUUCAAGUAAGGACGGCAAUGGAAAGGGCGAACUCCAUCUUUGGCUGACAGACAAUACGCACAUUGUUGAUAUUGGGCCGGUAUCCGGGGACGAAGAAGACGUUGCCGCCAGCUCCCUGUUGUACAAAGGUGGAAAUGGUGAUAAUGAGGGGGAGAAGUUGAUUGCACUGUACGAGAAGAAUGGCGGCAAUGAAGACGCAUCACUCGGUAUGGCUUCUGUGCUUCUGACUGCGCAGCUGCAGCGAGUGAAGGAUGUGCUGGCGACCUGGAUGGAAGUGGACGACCGUGUUUCCAAGCUUUGUCCCACUGAGAGUGUUGGGAGGGAUACCUCAACUGGCACUGCCUGCAGCGCUGAUAUUAAGAUCACGGAUGGGCUGGUUGGCUUUUUGUCCGGCAACUUCUCUGACGACACGUGGAGUGACGAGUACCUCGGGGUGAACGCCACAGUGCAUAAUAAAGAAGGGGCAACAAAGACUUCCGAUGGUGUGAAAUUCCAGGGAGCGUGGGCGGAGUGGCCUGUUGGCAGUCAGGGGGAGAAUCAGCUGUACCACUUUGCGAACUACAACUUCACCCUUGUGGCGACGGUGUCCAUCGACGGUGAGCCGACGGAGGGUAAUAUUCCCUUGUUGGGUGUGAAGAUGGCUGGCGAUGAAAAAAAAGAAAAACUUAUGGAGUUGUCAUACGACAGCGAAAAGAAGUGGCAGCUGCUGUGCGGUGGCAAAACCCCUGAGGAGCACAGCAGCACUUUGGGGAAAAAGAGAACAGAUCACGUGGUGCUUUUGAUACGGAACGGCAGCCACUUCUCCGCUUACUUCGAUGGUCAGCGUGUGGGUAGGGAUGCGCAAUGUCAAUUGGAUAAUACGGAUUUGAAAGUGAUCUCACACUUCUACAUUGGAGGGGAUGGAGACAAGACACGGGAACAAGAAGACGUGCCUGUGACUGUGACGAAUGUCCUGCUGUACAACCGCCCGUUGAACUCUGAAGAGAUUACUGCGAUUAAUACGAACAAGCAUUCUAUUCAAAGGCUGACAGAUCUGAAAAAUGUGGCACGCGAUACUCGUCCACCAGCUGGAACUGAACCACAUACGCUGGGAGCCGUCUCCUCAACUAUUCAUGGCGGGCAUCAGGACACCGAAGAGAAAUUGUUGAAGAUAAGUAAUGAUGCGGGUGGUGGUGGUGCAUCCAAUUCUGCAAAGACCACUGUGACGACUUCUUCAGUGGGGAGUCAAUCUGCAGAGCAGUUGGCGUCGGGAGGAUCUCACGAUGGAAACAAAAAUGUGAAUGUCGAUUCCUCGUCUGAUGGUAACCCGGCGGUGGGGACAGUGGGUGGAGACACGACGCAGGGAAAUGAAUCACCGCAAAUUCCUGUGGGUAUCUCUGACACAGCAGAUGCAAAUACUCCCGCCACUGAGGGCGAGGGGCAAUAUGGGCCCACAGUGAAUCCUGAGGCGGGCGUGAGCUCUGGUGAGAAUGGGGAGCUAACGGAAGGAACGGAUGGGCAGGAGGAAGAGGUCCAGCCACAGGAAAGGGAAUUAAAUGCUUCGGCACUCAGCAGCAGCCUCGGAAAUGUGUCGCAGGUGAAUAACAGCGACGCUGGCACCAUGCGUGGGAGCGGACUGCUGCCAUCGCUGCUUCUUCUGUUGGGACUGUGGGGGUUUGCGGCUCUGUGA